CCGACCACCCAAACAUGGCGGUCAUUUGGGGUCUUGAUCUCAAGGAGAUGCAGUGGGGCAAGUUCAAGAGCGGCUACAUGUGGAACACUGAAUAUCACCGUCGUCGGACCAAGUUCAUCGUGUAUCAGAUCGCCAUGAUAUGCUGUGUAGUGAGCGAAAGCUUGGGUACCGCUGUCCUGUCAGACUACAUUGAUCAACAAAACUAUGUCUCGGGGAACUAUCCUGGUGCCACGGUCUAUAACAACGACUUCGUGGGCGUAGCUUCCUACAACAUAUUUGUCGGCGUAUAUGUCGCGACAAUCUUCGGAUCGGCAUUUUUCUUCGACCUUUUCUGGCCGGAGCGCCAAGAAUCCCCCGCCGUGAAGCUCGCCUGGCGUAUCUGCUCAGUGCUUGCAUGCGUAUUCACUCUAGCAAGCGCCCUGGCAUAUACUGUCAUUCUUGUCACGCACUCCGCAAUCGUGGCACCUGACGAUCCCACUUCGCGCAAGCUACUUGAUGAGUCCGGUGGCAUGCCUUUGACGUAUCGCAAAAACGGACGCGCGGUCGCGAGUGUCGUGUUCCUUUGGGUGGGUCUGUGCGGCACGAUUGCGAGCACAGUGUUGCUCUGGAGGUCGCUUGAAUAUAUCGACGAGUUCGGUCCCAAAUCGAAAGCGGGAAGGAAAUCACAAGAGCAAGUAGCUAAAGAGGAAAAUGAUGUUGGUAUCGAUGACACUCGUGCCACUUAGGUACACAGGAGACUACAGUGUUCUCCAUACUUACGACCAAAUUCUAAUGAUUAAUCACUGUAUUGUAUAGCUAUUAUCACGUCGCGCAUUAACAGAUACCAGAAUCAAUAUCACUUGAGCAUUGUGCAUAAUCAAAAUCAUUCCUUCCCAUGUAGUCAGAAAGUGAGACGACGGAACGAAGAACAACAGGUCUCCCUGAUGAACAAAACUCUGUUUAAGGGCUGUUCAUGAACGACUGCUGACUCUCCGCGAUUCAACACAUCAUAUAGUUUGGGGAUGAGUAUACUCGAGUUUUUUUCUUGUCCGAAGUAAAAGUGACGCUACCAAUGACUGGUAUACUCUUUGCCGGUACAUUGAGAAACCAUGCUUUCUGUCCAUACCAGAGGACAGAACGAGGUGGCCACUUGUCCCGCAAUAUAAAACACAAGGCAUUUCAUGAACUCGACCGGCAGAGUAUAUCUUCCUAUCAAUGAUGACAGGCGUAGUAGUGAUCUCAUAUAGAGUCUAGAGAGUCUCUUCCUCUUGAUGUUCCUUAUAUCACACCGUUCUCCCCGGCCAAGGGAGCGAACGGGCGUGGGGAAUCUCUUGUAACAACCGGUCCCCAA